CCGAAUGUUCAAAUUUAGUUCACGAAAAAUAUUGAACGGCGCCAUUUCGAAAAAAUGAAGUAAUUGGUAAAUUUCCUGAGAGAGGAGUUGAAUUGUAGGAUCAAGCCUGGAAACCUCUUAAACACUUAGACCAUAAAUCUGGUACAAAAUGGAAGUAAAUGAAGAAAAUCUGGCAGCACUAGCUGGUGUGCUUCAAAAGACACUGGCUGUAGAUGUACAGGAACGCAAAGCAGCUGAGAAGAAUCUUGAAUCAGUUGAAAGGAAUCAGAACUAUCCAGUACUCUUGCUGACCCUACUCGAUAUGGACAGCCUUGAUAUGGUGAUCAGGGUGUCUGCCUCGAUCACUUUCAAGAAUUUCAUCAAAAGAAACUGGCGAAUUCUCAGUGACGCAAUUAGCAUAAUUGGAAGAGAAGAUUUUCCAGAUAAAUGGCCGCAUUUACUCCCGCAAAUGGUCUCAAAGUUCAGCAGCGGCGAUUUCCAUGUGAUUAAUGGCGUUCUUCGAACAGCACACUCGCUUUUCAAAAGGUACCGACAUGAAUUCAAGUCACAGCCGUUGUGGAUAGAAAUCAAAUUAGUAUUGGACACUUUUGCAGCACCAAUUACUGAACUAAUGAAGGCAAUGAUGGACUUUGCCGAUCAACACGAAAACAACGCAGACGGAAUAAAGGUAAUCUACAGCUCAAUUACGCUGAUUGCCAAAUUGUUUUACAGUCUAAACUUUCAGGAUUUACCAGAAUUUUUUGAAGAUAAUAUUAAGCAAUGGAUGGACCACUUUCUCAAGCUCCUUACCAAGGACAUUCCCAUUCUACACACCACGGAUGAAGAUGAAGUUGGGGCUUUGGAAUUGCUCCGUUCACAGAUCUGCGAUAACAUCUCGCUGUAUGCCCAAAAGUAUGGUGAAGAGUUUCAACCCUUCCUACCAGGUUUUGUCACAGCAAUUUGGAAUUUGUUGGUGACAACUAAAGAGGAAGUCAAAUAUGACUUGUUAGUAAGUAAAGCAAUCCAAUUUCUGGCGUCUGUAGCAGAGCGCCCACAUUAUAAGCACUUGUUUGAAAGUGAAGAUGUCCUGGGAGGCAUUUGUGAGAAAGUUAUUAUCCCAAACAUGAAGUUUAGAGCUGCUGAUGAAGAACUAUUUGCAGACAAUCCCGAUGAGUACAUUAGGAGAGACAUUGAAGGCUCAGAUAUUGAUACACGUCGGCGAGCGGCAUGUGAUCUUGUUGGAGCCUUAUGCAAAUUUUUUGAGACGCAUGUCACCACAAUUUUUUCUGGAUAUGUAACACAAAUGUUGCAGGAAUACAGAAAGAGUCCAACUGUUAAUUGGAACAAUAAAGACAUGGCGAUCUAUCUGGUAACGUCACUGGCAUCCAAGUCGAAAACAGUGAAACACGGCACGACUGAGACGAGGCAGCUUGUCAACAUCGCCGACUUCUUCGCUGGAAACAUUGCAGAGGACCUGGUAUCACCCAACAUUAAUGAGGUUCCAGUUUUAAAAGCUGAUGCCAUCAAAUACCUAAUAACAUUUAGGAGUGUGUUACCGUCGGCAAUCAUCAUAGAGUAUGUCCCUCGUAUCAUAGGCUUCCUGAAGGCUGAGAGCCCUGUAGUACACACAUACGCCGCUCACGCACUCGAAAGAAUAUUCACUGUUAAAACUAUGGAUGGAACACCAGUAUUAAAAGCUGCAGAUGUUGGCCCACAUUGUCAACAACUUCUUGCAAAUCUGUUUGACACGAUGAACAAACCAGGUUCAGAAGAAAAUGAAUAUGCGAUGAAAGCUUUGAUGCGUAGCUUUUCCUUACUGCAGGAAAAUAUUGUUCCUUACCAAACAGAGCUUCUCAACAAUUUGACUCUGAAGCUUAAGGCUGUAAGCAAGAAUCCCAGCAAGCCACAUUUCAAUCACUACCUGUUCGAAUCACUCUGUCUUUCCAUCAGGAUCUGUUGCAAGGCCAACGCAGCUAGUGUGCUUUUGUUUGAAGAAAUGCUAUUCCCACCUUUCCAAGACAUUCUUCAAGCAGAUGUCCAAGAAUUUGUUCCAUAUGUUUUUCAAAUAAUGUCGUUAUUAUUGGAGAAGCAUGAUAACUGUCCAGAGGCUUAUAUGCAGCUAUUCCCGCACCUACUGCUUCCUAUCCUAUGGGAAAGAACCGGAAAUAUUCCUCCACUUGUUCGCCUCCUCAUGGCCUUUAUCGAGAAAGGGCCACAACAGAUUGUCGCUUCUGAGAAACUGGGGGCCUUACUAGGAGUUUUCCAGAAGUUAAUUGCAUCCAAGAACCAUGAUCACGAAGGCUUCUAUGUACUUCAGUCUAUGAUUGUACAUAUUAACCCAUCUGCUCUACAGAAUUUCCAAGGAGAUAUAUUUAUGUUGUUGUUUCAAAGACUUACAAGCUCAAAAACAACUAAAUACAUCAAAAGUCUCUUGGUGUUUUUUUCACUGUAUGCAGUCAAAUAUGGCGCCGACACUCUGACUGCAGUUAUCGAUAGAAUUCAACCAAAAAUGUUUGGAAUGGUGAUAGAGAAGCUGUUUAUACUGGAUAUGCAGAAGAUCUCGGGUCACAUGGAGAAGAAGAUAUGUGCAGUGGGGGUGUCCAAGAUCCUAACAGAAUCCCCUGCCAUGCUGGAAGGAGACUACUUAAAACACUGGACUCCUCUCCUGCAAGCUCUUGUUGGCCUCUUUGAACUACCGGAAGAUGAGUCAAUUCCAGAUGACGAACACUUCAUAGAGAUAGAAGACACACCUGGCUAUCAGACCGCUUACUCUCAGCUGUCAUUCGCUGGCAAGAAGGUGCAUGAUCCAUUCGGUGGCAGCAUAACAAAUCCGAAGCUAUACCUUGCACAGAACCUGAGCAAGUUGUCUUCUGCACAUCCUGGCAAGCAGCUCUCGUCUCUAGUUUCAACACUAGACCCUACUGCUCUCCAGUUCCUCCAAGGGUACCUACAGCAAGCUAACGUGUCCAUUUGAGCCGGGUAGCUUCUUUCGCAUUCAGAACAAGCCUAGAGAAGAAAGAUGGUGUAAACUGGAAAUUAUAGCUAAAGAAUCAUUGUCUGGAUACAAUUGCAAGAAAUCUGUGCUAAAAUGCUGCCCUCACAUUUUAAUAUUAGGGAGCUUUCGACAUUGCACGACACUGUGGGAACAUAAUGACACUACUUAAAAGUCAUCUGUGCAUGUUAAGUUCUCUUUGUUACGUAGAUUCUAGGACGCAUUUUGAAAAAAAAUCUAUGUUUUGCUGAGAACGAAGGACGGUCAUGCAUGAGUAAAUCCAUUCUAUCGUCGCGUUGUUGUGCAAAGCGAAAGUUCCCUAUUAUAAGAUUACAAAUAAUAGCCACACCAGUUCCAGAAACGUUUGUGCUUGUCCAAUUGGUUUUUUAUAUCAACUAAUCUGUAUCUGUUGAUUAGAUAAAAUGAAAGUACUAUAGCAUUAUAUCUCUUCCUGCGUAGACUGUAUAGGAUUUGUACUUAGUUUAACUAUUGAAGUUGCUAUUAAAUUCUAUUGCUUCAUAUAUAACUUUACCAUACUAAAACAAAUAGAGUUUAGUGGUCUAGCAUAAUAUUUUGAUCUAGUUUGACACCUUUUUAAAAGGAAUGGAUAGAAUUGUACUUAUAGGGGAGAAAAGAAAGCAGCAAAAACAUGUAAACAAAAAAAAAAUGAAUUACCAAGGGUGGAUGCUAAAUACCAAAAGCUGAAACACCAAAUUUGAGAAUGAGUUAAGACGGAAAUACAAAGCAUGAAAACAGAACAAACUUAACCAGAAGUGUAAGUAAUCAUAUCAAGGCAAAAUCUUGAAAAGAAAAAAAGUUAUGUUAAGGUAGGUUGUGAAUAAAAAAAAAAAAAAAUCAGUCGUUGGUUACGUUCAGACUAGGUAGACUUGCCAGAUGUACCUAACGCUGGGAAUACAUUAAUCCAUGGCGUAAUUGGCAAAGUGUUCAGACAUCGCGAUUAACAUAAUUGAUUAAUUGAAAAUUAACCCAAGUAAAUAUUUUUCCUUAUCAACUACGUGACAUAGUGCAGUAAAUAUUACUGUUCCUAUUCAGUUUAUUAUUAUGUGUAGACUCCUGUUUGGUAAACUCUUAAACAAAUAGUACAUUUUUAGAAAUUCUUCAUUGUAAUUGUUAAUUAUAUUUGUACCAAAAUUAUUCAAACGUAACAAUGUAAUUUGUGAGGGAAAAAAAUGACUUGCUACACUUUUAUUUGCAAAGACCAAACUAGUCAGUGCUUUUUUCAUUACAUGCUUUACUCAACAUAAAUAUUUUAAUAUAUAUAUAUGGAAUUUUGUUUUUAAUUUAUAGGUGUUAAAAUUGAAUAUUUUCCUUGAGUCCAAGACUAAUAUGAAUAUGCAUGUUUACUGUAAUAAUUAUAUCAGUCACAAUCUUUAAUACAUAGUGGUUAUCCUCAAAAUAAUGUGAUGUGUGCUGACUUUAAAUCAUUCUAAGUCAUAAUUACAUAGCAACUGGAACAAAAGUCUGAAAUCAAAUAUGACCGCAAUACAAUGUUUCAUCCUUUUGGUGCAACAUAACAAUCCCUCCUUUCUUUCAUUUACAUUUACAUCUCUCAGGAAACUUUAUUUACUAAAGUAAUUUCUUCCUUUGUUAUUUUAUGGGCAUUGUAUAGUAUACUAUACUUGUUUUUAUAUAAAACUAUAAUUUUUACAGCAAUUCCUGCAAGAAUUUGAUCUAACCAUUUUUUUAAUUUAUUUUUUUUCGAGGGCUGGGGGAUGUGGGGGUCUGAUAAAUCUGUGCUCCAGAAACACAUGUUCUAUGAGAAUUCAGCACAUCUGAAGUUAUGAAUUUUUCUCCAUCUAAAACUAAAUUAAUUUCAUAGGAGUGAUGUUUUGUUUAAACUAACUUCCAAAGAUCAUAAGAUUAUCACUUACAUUUCUAAAAUUUACCUUGAAGUGCCAAAACUCCACCUUUGUGUAGAUAGACUGUGUUAUAUCAUAGUUUUUAUUUACUGACAUUGCAACUCUUCUAAUUUAAUUGUUUGGUAUUGUUAAUCUAUUCAUUUUCCGUAUAUAUUUAUGUUAAACAACGUUUUGUAAAUUUUAUUUUUGCUAAGCGAAUGUGCUUGUAACAGGUUUCCAUAUUAUUUACUGAAUCUAGAUUUGGUAGUCGCUACCGCAUAUUAUAUUUCUUGUAAAACCAUAUUUCAUAUAAGAUAAAAAUUGAAUGUGAUGUGCCGUCAUAUACCACAAAAUGAAUAAAAUCUUAUGAUUGUUGCAUUAAUAGCGGAAUGAAUGCAAGUGGGCCUACAUAACCAUUUGACCUUAAAAGACAUAAAACUUGCAUCAUUUUUAAAUACAGAUAUUU